AAAAGCAUUGUUUUAGUGGCCGCAGUUAGAACAUGUGCUGUUUCCUGAUUUUCCCACCCUUCCCUGCUUCUAGCGUUCACAAACACAGCUCUUAGCGUGGACAACACCCUUCUCCCCAGCCCCGAGGCACUUCCCCCGAUUCCGGAGACUCGGGCCAAAAUGGCCGCGCCGCAACCCCUCCCUUCCCCCACCCCACGCCAGCUCGCUCGGGACGCACGGCGCCGGCGCACUCGGCGGCCGCGCGCGACGCCCCGUCCUUCCGCGCCACGCCACGCCCCCUCCGCGCCACGCCACGCCCCCGCGGUGGAGACGCGCUCGCUGCGUCAUCGUGUUUUCGAGGCGAGCCCUGACGCUGCGUCUGUCAUCUCCAUUUUGCACUCGGUGCCCGUCGCAUCCAGCUGGGCGCUCUGCGGUGCAAGCUUUGUCACCUUGGCCUUGUUGGAGUCUCUGGCCGACACGAUGAGACACUCAAAGAGAGCUUAUUGUCCUGAUUGGGAUGAAAAGGAUUGGGACUAUGGGAAGUGGAGGAGCUGCAGUGGUCACAAAAGAAGGAAGAGGUCACAUAGCAGUGCUCAGGAGAACAAGCGCUGCAAGUACGACCACUCUAAGACAUCCGACAGCCAUUAUUUGGAAAGCAGGUCUAUAAAUGAGAAAGAUUAUCAUGGUCGACGCUACAUUGAUGAAUACAGAAACGACUAUAGUCACGGGUGUGACCCUGGACAUCACCACAGAGACCCUGAAAGCAGAUACCAGAACCACAGUAGCAAGUCUUCUGGUAGAAGUGGGAGGAGUAGUUAUAAAAGCAAACACAGGGUCCACCACAGCACUUCCCAUCAUCGUUCCCAUGGGAAGAGUCACCGAAGGAAAAGAACCAGGAGUGUAGAGGAUGAUGAGGAGGGUCACCUGAUCUGUCAGAGUGGAGACGUACUAAGUGCAAGAUAUGAAAUUGUUGAUACUUUAGGUGAAGGAGCUUUUGGAAAAGUCGUGGAGUGCAUUGAUCAUAAAGCGGGAGGUAGACAUGUAGCAGUAAAAAUAGUUAAAAAUGUGGAUAGAUACUGUGAAGCUGCUCGCUCAGAAAUACAAGUUCUAGAACACUUAAAUACAACAGACCCCAACAGUACUUUCCGUUGUGUCCAGAUGUUGGAGUGGUUUGAGCAUCAUGGUCACAUUUGCAUUGUUUUUGAACUACUGGGACUUAGUACUUAUGACUUUAUUAAGGAAAAUGGUUUUCUCCCAUUUCGACUGGAUCAUAUCAGGAAGAUGGCAUAUCAGAUAUGCAAGUCUGUGAAUUUUUUGCACAGUAAUAAGUUGACUCACACAGACUUAAAGCCUGAAAACAUCUUAUUUGUGCAGUCUGACUACACAGAGGCAUAUAAUCCCAAAAUGAAACGUGAUGAACGUACUUUAAUAAAUCCAGAUAUUAAAGUUGUAGACUUUGGAAGUGCAACAUAUGAUGAUGAACACCACAGCACAUUGGUCUCUACAAGACAUUAUAGAGCACCUGAAGUUAUCUUAGCUCUCGGGUGGUCCCAGCCAUGUGAUGUCUGGAGUAUAGGAUGUAUUCUUAUUGAAUACUACCUUGGGUUUACAGUGUUUCCUACACAUGAUAGUAAAGAACACUUAGCAAUGAUGGAAAGGAUUCUUGGACCUCUACCAAGACAUAUGAUACAGAAAACUAGGAAACGUAAAUAUUUCCACCAUGAUCGACUGGACUGGGAUGAACACAGUUCUGCUGGCAGAUAUGUUUCAAGGCGCUGUAAACCUCUGAAGGAAUUUAUGCUUUCUCAGGAUGCUGAACACGAGCUUCUCUUUGACCUCAUUCAGAAAAUGUUGGAGUAUGAUCCAGUAAGAAGAAUUACUCUCAGAGAAGCCUUGAAGCAUCCUUUCUUUGACACACUGAAGAAAACUGUAUAGAUCUAUAAUUGUACAGCUCUCUCAAAAGAGAUCUUAUAGACUGUAUCAGUCUAAUUUUUAAAUAGUAAGUUAUUUUGUACAACUUCGUAAAUUUCUUACAUUUUUACAUUGCCAUGUUUAUUUUGUUUGAUUUGUUAAAUACAUAGCUUAAGUAAUGAACCUUUUUCAGUGAUUGUAAAGUGAUUUAUUCAGAAUAAACUUUGUGUUUAUGAGAUAUA